AUGGCGCCUAAUACACGAAAUCAGGAUUUGGAGAAGAUGCAGAAGGAUUUUGCGCAACAAAAGAAGGAUUUCGCUGCUUCAGUUGAGUCGAUGUUCACGAUGCGAACCGCCAUGGAAGCUAUGUCAAAAAAAAUUGAGGAACUGGAAAAACAACGGCAGUUAGCGAUUCAAUCGGACGACGAUCAUUUAACGACGAACAAACUCACGAAGCUUGAAUUUCCUCGAUUCGACGACGAUGACGUGGAUGAAUGGCUGUAUAAGUGUGAACACUUCUUCACCAUUGAUACUACACUAGAAUCCAGCAAGGUGAGAUACGCCGCGAUUCAUAUGCGAGGCAGAGCAUUGAAGUGGCAUCUCGGUUACAUGAAAUCUCAUGACAAAGCUAUGGAGGAUAUUCUAUGGAGUGAUUACUCGAGAUUUGUAACUGCUAGAUUUUCGGUGACUCAGAUGGAGGAUCCUAUGGGUUCAUUGAAAUCUCUCACUCAAAUUGGUGAGUUGGAGGCUUAUUAUGACGAGUUUGAUCUGCUACUCACUAAGGUUGGUCUUCCUGAAGAUUGUACUGUUAGUUGUUUCAUUGAAGGUCUCAAACCUGAAAUUAAAUGUCCUAUUAGAAUGUUUAAGCCAAAAACUCUACGAGAGACUUAUGCCUUAGCUAAAUUGCAAAGUCAUAGUAAUAAGGCUCUUGUUAGACCUAGUGGCACAACUGCAAAUUAUUGA